GGGCAUGGAGAUUCAGCAAGGGCCCUCAGGAAAGUUCUCCAUCUUUUUAAGGAGUGGAGUGUGCUACACACACACAGAGUGGGCUGCUUGAGAGAAGCACUACAUUCAACAGUACACACACUCAUGGAGCGAGACAGGCACGCAAAUCAUGGGCACAUUGUCCCAAAGAGAGAGGCUCAAGCAAAACAACUGGGAGCCUCCCGAGAAUGUAAUUUUCACAAACUUUUCUAUAUCAACGAUCUCAUUCUAAGUGUUUUGGGAGACGUGCACAGCAUUGAGAAGACGCUGUUUUCAGUCACAAGUAAAGUUGACAGCGCGAUCACCGUCAUCUCUGGAGCAAGUACAGAAGCUGAGACAGCAAGCGACGAUCUCAUGAGUCGUGAUCUCAUUAUUCAUUCAAAGGACAGGCUAGUCCUUCCACAGAUCCUUUCAAAAGAGCCAUGUAGCCCUCAAAAUACUGACCCAGAAUACAACUCAAAAGUCUCACGUCUUUUAGACAUCCCGAAAUGUGUCCUUCUAAGCAACCAAGCACAGACCCAUGCUGCGUCUGAGAGAAAGAUUAGCCACCAUGAACUGUUUAAUGAAAGCCCAAUUGAUCUUGCAAGACGAGAAGAGGACAACAUUCUGUGUGAAGAGCUGAAGAGCCCAAGAAUUGAUGGCCACUGUCCUUUUGGAGAGGAUGAUGAAGAUGUGAAGGAAGAACCUGUAGAAGUGGAUGAAAGAGACAAGAAGGCAGAGAAGAUCAGUAUUGAGGUUAUGGAUGAACAUAUAAGCUGGACACACAGCUGUAUUACAGUAGGUUUGACAGAUUCAGCAAGAUCUUCCUCCAAAAUCCUGUGCUAUAUAACUGCACCGCUGGAAGUCACAAAGGUCAUCACAUGUAAGGCAGUGGACAGCCUCAGCUCCCUUAUGGUAUCCGGGUCAGAGGAGCUGGUCAGCAGCGUGCUCAGACUUGAAAACAUCAGCAACAUGAAGUGUAUCGUCCCGAUUACUGUAGCUGUUCCUUUCCAGGCUUGUUACCUCCUGAAUUACCAUGAGGCUGUGGUGAAAGUGGUGGACCAACAACAGAGGAUUAGUUAUGUCACUCCGACAGCCACCGAGGGCACCUAUGGAGGCCACAGGGGUACAUUUGCAGUGGUGAGGGUGUACACUCUUGGUGUAUUUGCAGUCUUAUCCCGUUUGAAGAGGGAGACUUUCACAAUCCCAAAGAGAGGUCUGUGUCUCAAACUGAGUGUGGACUCCAGGAUAUGCCUAGACUAUCCAGCUGGAUCUUUCAGCACACCAGUGGUUGCCCAAGCAAUGGUGCAGCCUGUGGAUGCUAUGCUCUUGUCUUCAUUAAAGUGCAGAAAUGAUUCCUGCCACUCCAUCCUCACCACUAGCCCUCUACUCUACCUAAAUCACCCUUUAACUGUAAGCCCUCUUCGACCUUUGACCCUAACACUACCUUGUCCUCCUAAACCUAAAACGAUGAAGACAGGAGAGGAGAAGACCUGCACUUACUCCGAUAGCACAGCUCUUAUUCCUGACACCACCUCGUCCCAUCGGGUCAGGGUUUUAAGUGCUCCAGUGAAGGCAUCCCAAAAGCUGACUAAAGAGCAGCUGGUGGUCCUGGGCUGGAGAGAUGAGCACUGGAAUGUUCUGGAUAAAAUCACUGUGAGGAAUUUGCAAAGUGACCUUGUUUCCUUUGAGGUCCCAGAGAACUAUGAGCGGAUGAUAGUCCUUCAUCUGCUGUCUUCUGUAAGACCUUCUUGCUUGGUGCUCUUUGCUGAGGAGCUGCAAGAGUCAGUGAGGACCUAUAGAGUAUCAAUAGUCAUCCACAAAAAACAGAAAGACCCCAGCAGUGUGGUUCUGGCUGUUCUACCCAGUAGAGAUCUGAGCUGGGGACUGGCUGAGCUCCAUGCCCAGGCUUACUGUGGAUCCCCAGAGCAAUCUUCUGAGACACUGAUGAGGGAGGGAGAGCAGCUGUUGGUAAAAUUCAGUGGCAACAUUACCAGCACAGGUGACCAGUGCACAGAGCCUCACACGCUCGCAUUUCACAAUCAGAGGAGGAACUGGCUCUGCAUGCAGCUGAAGGAACUAGACCCGUUUGGAAACUACAGCUCGCCUUAUUACAAAGGCAUGGCUCUACUUUUCCAGAUCCCAAAAGAUCAGCUGGUAUGGAAAGAUGACAGAGCAGUUAUAGCAGAAGAUUAUUGCUUAGGACAACCGGUCUGUAAGCUGACACUCACCCUUCCAAAGAAUGUGAAAACUUUAUCUCGGCCAAUCAGUGUAAAAUUCUCGCGGCAAGAUCAGGCAGAGUCACUCUGUGAUGAACUGCUAGCCUGGCUCUGUAGCGAGCUGUCCGAAGAAGAUGCAUCCAUGCUGGUCAUGUGCCUUCGCCUGCGCCGCUCGUCGGUCCAGCUGGCCCGACUCCGAGCUCCAAACAGCCUCGCGCUGCAGAUUUUCCACAUCCUGACCACAUGGAAACAAGCACUGCCUUCCCUUACACCAAAACGUCCAUUGCUUGCUCACUGUCUGACUCGUAUUGGCAGGCCAGAGCUGGCUGCAGAGCUGCUGAAAAAAGCUCCGGCUGUAGACACGGGUGAGAGGAGUGGUGCAGAAACACAAAGACCUGUAACAGUUCAUGGCCCUCUGUUACAUGUGAUCAAGGGGGAGACAUAAAAUAUAAAGAGUAAUUAUGUUUAGAUAUGAGCUGUACAUCUGAAAGAUUACGUUUAUUCUGUUGAUUCUCAAUUGGAGAGUA